UGGCGGGGAGGGGAUGCCGGUACCGCCCCGGUGCCCCCCGGGCUGGGGGUGCCCGCAGCACCGCCCCUGCCGCCGCUGGGGCGGGACCGGGCGGCUCCUCCCUCCCUGCCUGCCUCCCGCAGCCGCAUUCGCCGCCGCAGCGCCGAGGGAGCUGGAUGGUGUGAAGAGAGGAGCUGCUGGCCUCUCCUGGGAGCCCCAGCGCUUCCCGCGAGGCAGCACCAUGCUGGCUCCAAAGAAAGGCCUCCUGUGCAACCUCAACCACAUCCACCUGCAGCACAUCUCGCUGGGGCUGCACCUCUCCCGGCACCCCGAGCUGCAGGACGGCUCCACGGCUGCGGGAGAGCAGACGGGCUGCACGCAGUGCCCGGAGAACCGGGAGCCGGUGGAUGCCAAUUCCAACAACGCCUCGGUGAAAUGCCGCUGCUGCCAGUCCCACCCCGCCGAGCCGGAGCCGCUGGGGCUGCAGAACCAAGAGGAUUUCCCCUGCCUGCACAGCGGAGACGAGGAGGAGGCGGCUUCCCCUUGUGAUCCCCCUUGUGAUCUGGCUUCUUCCUCCUCCUCCUCCUCCUCCUCUGUCAGUAGCUGCUCGGAUUUCAGCUUGGAUGACUCCCCGGUCUCGGUGUACUGCAAGGAGUUCGCCAGAGCAGAGUCCCAGUCCCCUGACAAGCAGCUGAACGUCAUUGCCACAGAAAACGCCUGGCAUGGAGAGGCCCUGGCUGAUGGAGACGCUCUGGCUGAUGGAGAGGACCGGGCUGAUGAGGAAUCUCUGGCUGAUGGGGAAGCUCUGGCUGAUGGAAAGGCUCUGGCUGAUGGGGAAGCUCUGGCUGACCAGCACAGGACGUGCCACGGGAGAGAUGCCAACCACAACUCCCCGGUGCCCCUGAGAGCCACGGCGGCGGCCAGCAAGAGCCCAGACAGCCUCUGCAGCAACAACUCGCUCGAUUCCCACUGCGACGAGCUCUCUCCCGGCACCGCAGCACCGGAGACCACCGGCCCCUGCGCCGACCUCGACCCCAACUGCAACCCCCUCCCCGAGCCCGACGCCGCGCCCCCCGCUCCGCCGCCCGUGCCGGAGCGGCGGGAUGCCGCCAUCCCGAGCAGCGCUCCGCAGCCGCGGCCCCGGCCCGGGGGGCUCCCCCCGCCCGUGCCCCCCCGGCCCCGGCGGCGGCUGCAGGUCCUGAACGCGCACAGAGCCGAGCAGCCCCAGGCCGGCCCGGGCGAGCUGUGCAGAGACGCGGCCACCAAGACCAUCACCUCCUUCCACGAGCUGGCCCAGAGGAGGAAGAGGAACGCGGCUGGGCCCACGCUGGCCCAGGCCAGGGUUGAUCGCAGUGACUGGCUCAUCGUGUUCUCGCCUGACACGGAGCUGCCCCCCAGCAGCGAGCUGCUCUCGGGCACGGCGGGCCAGGAGCGGCCCCAGCCCCAGCCCCAGCCGCAGCAGGACGGGCCAGCCCGGCCUCCCGGCUCCAGGCAGAGAGAGGUGACCACGUUCAAGGAGCUGCGGUCCCGCAGUGCCGCCCGGCAGCCCAAGGGCCAGCGGGCAGAGCCGGCCCAGCACCCGCCCGUGCCCCCCGUGCCCCCCGCAUCCCUGGGGGGGACACCGCUGCUGGCACCCAGCGACGGCCACCAGCCGAGAAGGAGAGCCCGGCCCAGCCUGCAGCCCAUCGCGGAGGGGCAGCCCAGGGAUGUGGAGACGGGGGGGCUGCCCCCAGGGGAGAAGGGGCUGGGCGCUGCCCCGCUCCGCAGGCUCGGGGGGCCCGGCGGGGACCCCGCGGUGCCACGGGCGGCCCAGCGAGGAGACGAGACCCGCACGGGGGCCAGGCCCGAGCCGCUCGUCCCCGGAGCCGCCGCUGGAGCCGCCGCUGGAGCCGCCGGGCCCGGCGGGGGAAGAGCGGAGGGGCCCCAUGGCGAGCAAACCAAAGCGCUGCUGGUCGCCGUCAGCUCCGCCGUGGACAAGGUCAUCGCCCACUUCAGCACGGCCCGGAACCUGGUGCAGAAGGCCCAGCUGGGGGACAGCCGGCUCAACCCUGACGUGGGCUACCUGCUGCUGCACACGCUGUGCCCCGCGCUCUGCGCCCUGGUGGAGGACGGGCUGAAGCCCUUCCAGAAGGACGUGAUCACGGGCCAGAGGAAAAACUCCCCCUGGAGCGUGGUGGAAGCCUCGGUGAAGACAGGCCCCGGCAGCCGCUCCCUGCACGCCCUGUGCUGGCACGUGGCCGGGCUGGCCCCGCUCAGCAGCCCCCGGCAGAAGUUCCACGCCUUCAUCCUCGGCCUUCUGAACAUUAAACAGCUGGAGUUGUGGAUAUCUCAGCUGCAGAAGAGCCCAGGUGUGAUCUCCGUGCUUUACUCACCCACGGCCUUCUUUGCCCUGAGCCAAGGCCCUCUCCCCCACCUUGCUGACGAGCUCCUGCUGCUCAUCCAGCCCCUCUCGGUGCUGACCUUCCACCUGGACUUGCUCUUUGAGCACCACCACCUCUCCGUGGACGUGCGGCCCCUGUCGCGCCGGCUGGAGUCCCCGCUGUCCCCUGGCUGUCCCCCCGUCCCUGCGCGGGGGUCCCUGGGGCUGCACAGCGCUGCUGCAGGGCACAGCCUGCAGGAUGAGCCCCCCCCCGAUGCUCUGGGCAGGGUGGGGGGCGCGGGGGGCCGGUGCCAGGCGCCCGUGGGUGGGCUGGUGCCUGCCCCCCCGGUGGGGGCUGCCCUGCAGCAAACCUUGCAGCAGGUGCUGCGCUGGGGCGACCAGCUGGGCCGCAGCUUGCUGGGCUCUGACAGCCCCCCGCAGGGCCCCGGGCCCCGGGAGGGCUCUGCGGGCACUGGGGCUGGCCUCGGGGGCUGCUGGGGCCAGCUGAGCCAGAGCUCCAGGGUUUACACCGCUCCCAGCAAGGACCGGUUCCCCUCGGUGUGGUGGACGAAGCUGCGGGCGGCGGGGGAGCCCAGCCCGGGCCAGGCUGGGCAGUGCCCCACGUCCAGCGAGCCCAGGGGCACGGAGCUGCAGCUCCUUCAGACCAAAGCUGGCCCUGAGCCCUCCGUCCCAAAGCCCAGCGGCAGCACGGACACCUCGGGCACCUCUUCCCCUGAAGAUCUCUUCUUGCCCGCUGGAAGCGGAGCGCUCACCAAGCUGGAGGAUCCCAGUGCUGGAAGGAACCCCCUGGCUGCUCCCCCGGAGCCUCCUGGCAGCAGGAACCCGGCAGCAGCCCCUGGGCCAGGCGGGGGCGAUCCUCCCGCUGCUGGCAGGGGCAGCUGGCUGGGCUGGCUCUUCGGAGCCACCAGCCCUGCGUGCAGGAGCUUCCCCAGCAGCCCUGACAGCGCCGCGGCCACGUCCAGGAGGCCGUCCCGCUGGCUGGCCCCCGGGCCCCGGGCCCUGGCCGGGCUGCUGCGGGCCCUGGCACCCGACGGGAGCCGCGCUCCGGAGCAGCCGGGCAGGACCCUGCCCGCCCCGGCCCCGGCCCCCGCCCCCGCCCCGGGCCGCAGGGGUGACAUUUGUGGUGCAGGGCAGUCCGGGUACUGUGUGACCACACGGGCACGGCCGAAGGGCACCUGAGCUUCCACAAAGGGGACGUCCUGGAGCUGCUCUGCACCGUGGAUGAGGACUGGAUCCGCUGCUGCCAUGGAAACAGCACCGGCCUCGUUCCCGUUGGUUACACAUCCCUGAUUUUGUGAGGAGGAGGAGGAGGAGGAGGAGGAGGAAGGGCCCUGAGGAAGCGGCUGAGCUCUCCGGAGCGGGUGCCAGCUCGGGGAGGGGAUGUCUCCUGCCACCUCCAGAGCUUCGCCACCUCCGGGGCUGGCAGCAGCUCCCAGGGGACCCUGCCCCGUGCCUGUCACUGCUGCAUGGCGUCACCGUCUGCCACCGUGUCCCCCGGCCCCCCCUGGCAGCUCGGGGCUCCUCAGCUGCUGCCCACCCCGUGCCAGGGCGGGGACGGCUCCUGCCCCUGCCCCGUGUCGCCUCCGUGCCAUCGUGUCCUGCCACCGCUGCCACCUCCCCGUGCCCUGCCCUGCCCGGGGCUGUCCCAGCACUCUGUGAAUAUCUGUAACCACGGGAAUGAGAGGGAAAAGCUGGAAAUAAAUAAAGGUUGUGACUCUC